CACCCGGCCACAGAGAAGUGGGUGACUUAGGAGUAUCCUCUCCGCUUGUGACCCUUAGUUUUGUCUGUGCACAACUCGCUCAAAAUGGGCAACUCACUAAGCAUAUUUUGUUCCUGGUUCCACCGCAGGUCCUGGCCACGCCAUCGGCAACCUGCUCGUCUUGUCCGUGAGGCCUUCCCAGCUGGCCGGGCUCACCCCGCGGCUCCUGCACCUGUGCCUGCCCUGGGAACCUUGGGCUGUUACCGAUUCCUCUUCAACCCUCAGCGACAUCUUGGGCCUUCUUUUCCAGUCAGGUGGGAUGGCGCCCCUGUGAGGCUGUGUCUUAUCCCUCGGAACACGGGCACCCCACAGAGGGUCCUGCCUCCUGUGGUCUGGAGCCCCCCCUCAAGGAAGAAACCCGUGCUGUCUGCUCGCAACUCCAGGAUGUUUGGACACCUCAGCCCCGUGAGGAUCCCUCGUCUCAGAGGCAAGUUUAACCUUCAACUUCCUUCAUUAGAUGAGCAGGUGAUCCCAGCCAGGCUCCCGAAGAUGGAGGUGAGGGCAGAAGAGCCCACAGAAGCAAUGGAGGUGAAAGACCAGGUAGAGACCCAGGGGCAGGAGGACAAUAAAAGGGGCCCCUGUAGCAAUGGGGAAGCAGCUUCCACCUCUAGGCCCCUGGAGACUCAGGGAAACCUCACUUCCUCCUGGUACAAUCCCAGGCCCUUGGAGGGAAAUGUCCACCUCAAGAGCUUGACAGAAAACAACCAGACUGACAAGGCCCAGGUGCAUGCAGUGAGUUUCUACUCCAAGGGCCAUGGAGUCGCCAGUUCACACAGCCCUGUUGGAGGCAUCCUUCCCUUUGGGAAGCCUGACCCACUUCCAACAGUGCUCCCUGCCCCAGUUCCGGGCUGCUCCCUGUGGCCAGAGAAGGCGGCCUUGAAGGUGCUGGGUAAAGACCACCUGCCCAGCUCUCCAGGCUUGCUGAUGGUGGGGGAGGACAUGCAGCCCAAGGAUCCUGCAGCUCUUGGAUCAAGUAGGUCUUCUCCACCCAGAGCUGCCGGCCACGGGUCCCGCAAAAGAAAACUGUCGGGGCCACCGCUGCAGCUGCAACCGACCCCUCCCCUGCAACUGAGGUGGGAUAGAGACGAGGGGCCCCCACCGGCUAAGCUUCCAUGUCUAUCUCCUGAGGCACUGUUGGUGGGUCAGGCUUCCCAAAGAGAAGGACGCCUCCAGCAGGGCAACAUGCGUAAGAACAUGAGGGUGUUAAGUAGAACAUCGAAAUUCAGGAGACUACGAGAGCUGCUUAGGAGGAGAAAGAAGAGACAGCAGGGCAGGCGUGGUGGCCCACGCCUGUAAUCCAGCACUUUGGGGGGCCCAGGCGGGCGGAUCAGGAGGUCAAGAGAUUGAGACCUGAGGAGCAUCUCUGCCUGCACCAUCUGGGAAGUGAGGAGCGCCUCUGCCCGGCUGCUCCACCAUCUGGGAAGUGAGGAGCGCCUCUGCCCAGCCGCCCCACCAUCUGGGAAGUGAGGAGCGCCUCUGCCUGGCCACCGCACCGUCUGGGCAGUGAGGAGCACCUCUGCCAGGCCCCCGCCCUCUCUGGGAAGUGACGAGCCCCUCUGCCCGGCCGCCUCACAGUCUGGGAAGUGAGGAGCGCCUCUGCCCAGCCGCCGCCCUGUCUGGGAAGUAAGGAGCGCCUCUGCCUUGCCGCCGUCCUGUCUGCGAAGUGAGGAGCGCCUCUGCCCGGCCUCCUCACCGUCUGGGAAAUGAGGAGCGCCUCUGCCUCGCCGCCGUCCUGUCUGCGAAGUGAGGAGUGCCUCUGCCCGGCCUCCUCACCAUCUGGGAAAUGAGAAGCGCCUCUGCCUGGCCGCCGUCCCAUCUGGGAAGUGAGGAGCACUUCUGCCCAGCCGCCACCCUGUCUGGAAAGUGAGGAGCACCUCUGCCCGGCCCCCUCACCGUUUGUAAGGGAGGAGCGCCUCUGCCCAGCCCCUGCACCAUCUGGGAAGUGAGGAGCGCCUCUGCCCGGCCCCCUCACCAUCUGGGAAGUGAGGAGCGUCUCUGCCCGCUGCUGUGCAACCUUCCAAGUGUGGUGUGUGAUCUUUCUGCCCUCCCCAAGUCUGCAUUUUCGACAUUAAAGUUUACUUUUUAAUUUAAAAAAAGGAGAUCGAGAUCAUUCUGGCCAACAUGGUGAAACUCCAUCUCUACUGAAAAUACAAAAAUUAGGCAGGCAUGGUGGCUUGUGCCUGUAGUCCCAGCUACUCGGGAGGCUGAGGCAGGAGAAUGGCUUGAACCCAGGAGGUGGAGGUUGCAGUGAGCCGAGAUCGCACCACUGCACUCCAGCCUGGUGACAGAGCAAGACUCCGUCUCAAAAAAAAAAAAAAAAAAAAAGUAAGACAUGGCAAACUGCAGUGGCACCCAGCCUGCCCCUGCUGUCUCCACACCUGCUGAGACUCCCUGCCCCUGGCCACCUACACUUCACGGAUCCCAGCUCCUCGUCUUACUCUGACUCGGCCCACGUGCUGUUGGGCCCCUCAUUUUGCCUGUCCCUCCACCUUCUCGCACACCAAGAAUUGAGUAAAAUUUGAU